CAACCAGGGGAAACGAAACGUCCUGUUGCGAGAGUGCGCAAAGAGAGAGAGAAAUGCAGCAGCAUCCGCAACUGUGCUUCAGGUAUCGGUGAGACGAGAAGCUUCGCGAGCAGACGGCGUGGCUGGGGGCGCGCGACGGUAUUUUUAUAUCCCUGCUGUUGGCGCAAGGUGCUGUUGACGCGAUGCUGUAGCCAUGGAUAGCAGGAUAAACGAGAAUCCUGCGAGAACAUUUGAUUUGGCACUUCAGGUUGCAUGUCCAUCGUCUGAAAAUGAAGAUCCGACAGUGCUGUGGAAGUUCCCUGAGGACUUUGGAGACCAGGAGGUCCUGCAGACAGUGCCUAAGUUCUGCUUCCCAUUUGAUGUGGAAAGAGUCUCCCAGACUCAGGUGGGCCAGAACUUUACAUUCGUGCUCACAGACAUUGAGAGCAAGCAGAGGUUUGGUUUCUGUCGGCUGACCUCCGGCUGCAGGGUCUGCAUCUGCCUACUCAGCUAUCUCCCAUGGUUCGAGAUUUAUUAUAAGCUGCUAAAUACUCUUGCAGACUACUUAUCCAAAAGCCAGGAAGGUAACUUGAAUGACAUGUUGGAAACGCUGCACAACCACCCCGUGCCAAAGCCGAAUACGCCAGUUAAUCUGAGUGUGAACAACCACUUACAUUUUGCCACUGGGCAAGUUGUGAAAGAUCCAGGAAGCAGGCAGUCGCAUUCAUACUUCAUAGCUCCUGAUAUAAUUGGUCUCCCCACCAUACCUGAAAGUAGAAAUGUAACAGAGUACUUUGUAGCAGUAGAUGUGAAUAAUAUGUUGCACCUCUACGCCAGCAUGCUGCACGAGCGACGCAUCAUCAUUACCUCAAGCAAGCUUAGCACUUUAACUGCAUGCGUACAGGGGUCCACCGCCAUGCUCUAUCCCAUGCACUGGCAACACAUCUUUAUCCCUGUUCUUCCUCCUCAUCUGCUGGACUACUGCUGUGCGCCCAUGCCAUAUCUGGUCGGAGUUCAUCUCAGCCUGUUGGAGAGAGUAAAAACCAGAUCUCUGGAGGAUGUGGUCAUUCUGAACGUAGACACAAACACACUGGAAAGCCCCACAGAUGACCUGCACAAUCUGCCCAGUGAUGUGGUCUCUAGUUUGAAGAGUAAGCUAAAAAAGCAGUCAACUGCUACAGGAAGUGGGGUUGCUCGGGCCUUUCUGCAUGCUCAGGCUGCUCUGUUUGGCUCCUACCGGGACGCCCUGAGAUAUAAACCAGGAGAGCCAAUCACCUUCUGUGAGAAGAGCUUUGUGGCACACCGCUCCAGCACCAUGAGAAGUUUCCUUGAGAUGGCCGUGAACCUGCAGCUCUUUAAGCAGUUCAUUGAAGGCAGACUGGCCAAAUUAAACGCAGGAAGGGGCUUUACAGACGUCUAUGAGGAGGAGAUCACAGAGGGGGGCUUCUGUAGAAGUAAUUCAAAAUCUUAUCAACAGUGGAUUCACACCAAGAUGAGGCAGAGGGCAAAACCAGUUGUGAAAAACCUUCAGAUGGCCAAAGAUCACGCGAAACGGAAAAUACGUGACAUGAAGGACAAAAUCACACAAAAGGAUGCAGAAGAAGAGGAAAGCCCAUACUGUUCAGGCUCUCCCACCAGCACUAAAAGUCUCUCGCCCAGGAGGCUUCAGAAGAGAACGCAUCAUAAUCCAGAAACGUCGGCACACAUGAGCCUUGGCUUUUCAGACAAUUACAAUGACGACACAGGCAGCAGAAUAUCCUCUGAGGACAGCGGGGAGGUGCCAUCAUACACCGAGGACAGUGAUGACUCUGAACUGGAGUUCGAGUCUGAAGUGGGUCAGACGGGGCAAAUGAAUCUGCUGGAGGAGAUUCUGGACUCUCUCAGUACGUCCCACAUAGAGCAGGGCAGACUCUCCGCAGCCAAGAGCCUGGACUUCUUCAGAUCUGUCGAAGACCUUGACUACAAACCCACAAAAAAGUGCAAGUCUCCGUUGGGGAAUAGUCCUGCUCGGGCUGGUUGUGAAGUGGGAAACGGAGAACCGGCCGGAUGGAAUAUGGGUCAAGAUGACAGCGCCGUCUACAGUAAGCAUCUCCCACCUUCACCGCGACGUAAACCCAGCUCCCAUUCCCUUACAAUCCAUCAUCCACUUCAGAACAACCUGCCGAAUGAAGAGCUCUCCCUGCAUCCACUGAGGAACUCACUUCCUGAGGUACCCACAGUUCAGGUCUUGGUACCUCGUGACGCGGAUGAGUCCACCAGCUCUCCCGCUCUCACCGAGUCCACAUUAGAAGACCAGCUGAGCCCUGACAGCCAGCAUUCAGCAGCCCACAGCCUUUCCCGGAGGAGGGUCCUUUCCAAGAAGACCCCAAGGCACUGCCUGGAACAAACCCAGCAUAGGGCAGCAGGUCUGAGCAGUGGGCAGCCUUCAGUUUCUGUACCUUGGGAGAGGGAAAGCAAGCUCCAGAGAGGAGAUUUGGAGGAAAGACAGGAGCAAACUGAGGAAAUAGGCUUGCUGGAGGAGAUCGAGUCAAUGUGUCACAUAAGUAUGACCCUUAACAGCAGCCUGGAGCAGAUUCACAACAAUGCCAGCCAGGACAAAUCUUGAGAAUAUGAGACAACACUCCUAUCUUGUAACAUCUCUUGCUUCUUAUUUACACUCUACUCUGACGUCACACCAGCACUCUCUGUGAAUGAAGUAUGAGGUACAUCUCAAAGGAUUUUCGUAGUUAAUGUGAAUGAUCAGUCCUCUUAUUUUUGAAAGUAGACUUUCAAAACUGAUGUAUGGAAAGAACAAAGAAUGGUUCAUGAUACUGUAAUGGUUAAACGGGAUUUAUUGUAACAUUUAUCAAUCAGUAUAAUUUAUUGUAGCUGUAUCCCAAUUUGAACAUUCAAUGCAGAUGAUUUUCACUUAACCAAGGAUAUUACUUUCAAAUCACUGUAAAUCUUUAAAGAUAAAUCACUGUGGAUAAGGGGCAGUCUUCUGUCUCUAUAUAUUUUACUAAAUUGUACGAAAAGUAUUUAAGUAUUUUUAGCGAAUUUCAGCCUAAAAUGCCUUAAACAUUUUAAAUUUGCUUCUAUACAGUAUUUCCACACUGUGACUGUAGGUGGCUAGCUUGCUACUACUAUCACAAAUCUUUUGCAUGCAAUGUGUCUUAAAGAGAGAUAUUUAUGUAGGCCACAUUGUGCGUAAUGAAUCAAUUAGGUAUAUUUUUGGAAAGUAGUAUUUUUUCAAGACAACUCUCAGGUUUCUGCUUUUAUCCAAGAUAAAGAUGUUUAGGAUUUUACUUUCAGCUUAGCCUGGAACAAGUGGCAGAUGUAACAAGAGACUUAAUUAAAUCCCAGUUACUUUUUUCUCUUACUUUUAAUUUUUUUUAACUAUCAUAUUUAAGUCUAUUAGCCUUAAAAAAUACGGCCAUAGAAUAUUACAUUGUUUUUUGCUUUUAUGCCUAUUAAGAACAUGAAAAUUCUUGGGCUAUAGCUGCCCAAGAGGAAUACCUGUUACCCUCAGAUAAAUAAAUACAUUUUAAACCCGUUAUUAACAUUGAAACCUAGUACGAUGGUCAGUGGGCCAAAACAUACUCUACGCAAGUAGGUGAAUGCAAAUGCUUCUAUCUACGCAAGAUUGAAUUUAUUGUGUUCUGAAAUGUGUAAGAGUGCAGUUUGUAAUUGCAAUUCAUUCUCAUCAUUGCCAGAAGCCACUAUAGUGGGCAUUAGCAUAAACUCUCUUCUUCUAUGACUUGUUUUCACUUAUAGCCAGCAAUGGCAAGCCAAAAGUUUGAAGAAAAUCUUGCUGAAUAAGUUUGUGAAAAAACUGUUGCAAUACUUUGGCCAAACGUCUAUAUGUUUAUUUACUUGUAAGAGAAAUCUGACCUUAAUUAGCAGAACACCCUCCACCCCUCUUUUGUGUCAAGCUUACAAAAUUUUACCAAUUGUUUUAGUUAGAAGCUAAAAAUUACAGAUGGCUGGUCUUCUAUUUCAUGCAUUUUACUCAUGUUCUCUAUAGCCAUCACUUUCAAAGCUGUAUUGGUCUGCCAAGCAGGAAGUGUUAAUUAGAUCCAGCACUUGUUUCCUUAGUGGCUGAGAAGUGUUUAGGCCAGUGUAGUGAUUUAGGACACAUGCCAUUUGAUCAGACACUUUAAUGACUUACCUCACCCCUCCUGUGCAAUGUUCUGUGGUAGUGAUAUAGUCGUAAAAGCAUUUUGUUUUAGGACCCGUGCCUCAAAUCUGCAUUUCAAUUCCAAUCAACCUCAUAACAUCCAUAUGAUUUCUUUACUGACCCUUAAUUAUAACAAGUUAAUUGUUAUGCCAAGACCCUGAACUAUGCAAAUUGUAAUCAGUGUUAUCGGUCAACUAAUAUUUUGAGGCAAGUGUUUAUUUAGUGGUAAAUUCCAGUAAUCUUUUGGUUAGCAUUUAAACUAGUGUUAUUAGACCUUAUUCACUGCAGCACAAUCUUUGAUUUUUGACAGGAAUUACAACAACUGUGAGGGAUAGACGUACAGUCUCUUCAAUGGGCUGUAAUGCCGUUGAAAAUGUUUUUGGAUCGUUCCGUGGACAAAACAUUGAAGAAAUAUUUUUCCAGGAACAUUCAGUAUACAAAGAACUACAGCCAACAUGAGUAGUGGAAAAUCUGAUGUGAUCAAGAAGCUUUAUACAGCUUUAAACCAUGCAUGCCAUUGAAGAGAUGGUAAGUCUAUCUCUCACAGCGUUUUCAAAGAUGGCGCUAGCGUGAAUAAGGUCCAUUUCACACAUAUAUUGCAAAGAACAUCCAAAUGAUGGCAUGGAGCUUCUACCGGUAACAUUGGUAAUAUCACUGAUGGACUUUUUUUCUUUCAAGAACAAGAUUUUAGGUUAAAAUGGAUAUGAGGUCACUUUAAAGGUCACUUGAAAAAAAAUAGGCCACUAUUUCUUCAUCACAAGUUUUCUACCAUUUUAAAUAACCUUGUAGUACUUUGGUCAUAAAAAUCGCAAGUAUGGAAGUUAUUCAUAAUAAAUGUACGUAAUUUACUUAAUUUCCUCAGAAUCCUCAGGACAUAAUGGUAUAAUAAAAUCAAUCCUGGUAAAAUCGAUAAUACAAUGAUAAAUAUGUAUAAUUAGAUUAAAAUAUUUGAGAAAAAAAGGCUGUGCCUUAAUGAGUUCAACUGUUAGAGUGUUUGGCUAUAUGCAUCACAGGUACUUUUGAACUUUUAAGUCUUGUUUCUAAAUCACUAACUAAGAUUUGUGGCCACUCUAGUAAAAAUGACAUUUGAUUUUCAACAUAAUUUGCCUGAUUGUAGAACCAUGUCAUGUGAUUAACAUCAAACUUUAAAAAAUACCCAGAAAAAUGCAAUAAAUUAAAACAGAAGCUUGAAGUGUAUACAUGGCCAGUUGUCGAACAUUAAGUAUUUUUAGUUUAUUUUAUAAUAUUUUUUUCUGAUAAUGAGUUAAUAAAUAGCGUCAACAUUAUAAACCUCUUUCAAAGAAUAAAGGACACCAGAUCUCAACCGCAGCCUUUUAAGUUACUUCAGAGUGGCCGUGCAAUCAGAUUUUCUGAAACUCUCAAUACUUUCUGCGUUACUGUUAUUUUUAAUGUUUUGUAUUUGGAAAACAUGUAUUUUGGUUUACCAUGUCCUUAAUUUCUGUAUUUUUUUUUCGACACUUGCCUUGUAAUGUUAAUUUAAACCCUUGUCUUAAUUUUCAUAAUGUCCUUUUUUUCUUUAUGCAUUAUUAUAGUAAAAAAAACAAUUUAAUCAGUCCUAAGUAUUAUUUAGAUACUACAAAAUCUAGUCACAAUUCAUGUUGUAGCACAUAAACUACCAAGUGUUUCUUAAGGAGUUAACGUUAAAAGUUGAACCAUUUGCUGUUCACCAACUGUUUAAAUGUAGUAUAACACUACUUAAAACUAGGUAGUAACCACAUAAAUGAUUUGCAAGUAUUUUGUAUUCUGUUGAGGAACUAUUUCUGUAAAGUGCUAUUCUAAAUCUUUUUUUUUUUUUCCUUUUCUCCAGUUUACAUAUGAACUUAUUGAUGUGCAUUUUCAUUGUAAUGUUCUGUAAUUAUUUGUGUGAUUCUGGGAAUUCUUUGAACAUGCAUGGGCACACAUUUUAAAGUCAACAAAGGUACAAAUAUGAUGUCAACUUUUAUGACCACGGUACCUAUUUACAUGUUUUUCUUUUUUUACAUAUAGUAAUGUAGCUUUGUUUCAAAGUGAUCUGUUUUGCUGUCAAAUUAUGUUGUAAAUAGCCUGCUUUCGUUGAAUCACUGAACUUCAUAGAUUGUGCUUUUGAAUGUUUAAGAAACAACUCAAAAUAUCUUGACAUAAAAAGUCUGUACAGCUGAUUUUGUUCAUGCUUCAUUUUCUUGAAUGUUUCCAGGUACAUGCGUAUGGAAACAGAGCAAAGUCACCAUGUGAUCCACUUUAGUAUGCAUUGAUUAAUUGUAGCCUAUGCUUUUAAGUGACUGAUUUAAAGUUUUAGAACUCGCUUCAGACACUGCUGCAUGCUCUUGAGUACAGUUGUAUAGUUUUCAAGUACAAAAUAGGUCAGUCCAAUGUGUUAUUACAGGAACUACUGGUACCACUGUAUGCACUGUGAACUGAAAUAAAUUAUAUACGUAAAUGUCAAUAUUGC